AAACUAAGUACUCCUUGGCAACCGCCAACAACACCAUGGGUAGCAACCGAACAAGCACAAAAAAUAACACAAAAUCCGAGUGAAAGAGAGGCAGCAUAGGUUCCCUCCACUCCACGCACGCACGACGAGAGCACCGUCUAAGCGGGCAGGUCAACUGGUGUGGGUCCGCGGACCGUCCGUGCCGUCGCUCGAGCCCGGCUCGAAAAUCAUUAAAAGAGCGGCUACGCACCACGCAAGCUAACAGACGUUGUAGCGAACUCACCGAUCGCGGACGUCCGUUGAUUCCUUAGUGUUCUGCCUAAGGAACGAUCCUCUAGGGCUGUGUGUAACUACUCCGUGGACAGAGAUCCAAUUCGCUGGGAGCCAAACGAAAAACAAAAAGCCAAGCAACAGUGGAAGUGCGCCGAAAGUGGCCAAAUAGGAAGUGUCAACACAUAAUUCAAUUGAUUCCAACCGUCGACGACAGCGUCCGGCCUGCGUGCUACCACCGUGCUAUUCCCCGCUACGAGUGACGAAGUGUGUGUGUGUGUGUGUACGUUUGUACGUGUGCGGCAGUGAUAUUGUGAUCCGUACGCAAAGCCCUUAAUUCUAAUCAAACAAAAUGAUGCUGAAGUUUGUGACCGUGUUCUGCCUGCUGGCCUGGACCGGUGCGACUGUUGGGCAGGAAAUUCCGCCUUACAUCAAGCAAUGUCGCCGCUCGGACCCAGCCCUGACCGACUGUUUGAAGGAAGCUUUGCAGCAUCUGCGUCCCUACCUAUCCAGUGGUAUUCCCGAGAUAAAGCUACCCUCGGUCGAACCGUUCGUGAUGGAUCAACUGUCGCUGCAGCUUACCGGAGGACCUCAAGGAUACCGGAUUAACCUGAAAAACAUGGAAGUGUUCGGUGCUAGCAAUUUUACCGUCCGGUCAAUUAAGCUGGCUGACGGUAGCAAACCGUUCGAGACACGGUUGACCAUUCCCAGGUUGACGAUCCACGCCAAAUACACUAGCAGCGGUGUGCUGAUCAUCAUUCCGGCGAGCGGAUCGGGAGACUUCGAUGCCGUGUUCGAUGGUGUCACUGCCGACGUUAAGGGGCUGGUGUCGACGAACGAGAAACCUUCGGGAACGCAUCUGCGCGUCGAAAAGCUCGACCUGAACCUGUCGAUCAAGAAACCGCGCCUGAGCGUGUCGAAGAUCUUCAACAACAAUCGCAUUCUGACCGAAGCGACGAACCUCUUCCUGAAGGAGAACGGACACGAGGUACUGCGGGCGCUGCAACCGCAGCUGCAGAAGAAACUGUCGGCCGAAUUCACUGGCAUCGCCAACCAGCUGCUCGAUAACGUUCCCAUUCGCUUCUUCAUCGUAGACUAAUGGUCACGCGCGGGAUAUUCUUUGUAUCGGGACGGGCACUAUGUGAUACUGUUUGUUAUAGAAUUAAGUCUCCCAGACCAGACUCUGUCGUCGUUUUUAAAGCUUGUUCGCAUUUCCGUUUCGUUUCAUGGCAAACACAAUACUGUUGCUACUGGAGCGUGUUUUCUUGAGCAAGAAAGACUUUUAGCAUGGAAUAUCCGUGGGGUUAAGGAACCAAGAACUAUCUUGCAGUACAAAAUAAUCACCGGAAAAUCUUCAGGUUUUGUCUGAAACAUACUACCCCACCACCCCACAUCAAAAUAUGGUUGUAAUUUUAUUAAAAAAGUGCAGAACCCUACUUCUUGGUAUAAUAAACAAAAGUAAAAUGUA